CUCUCUAUUUAAUUGACCGACGCUGUCACCCGGUGAUGCAACUCAUCGUUUGCAAACCCUCGGUUGAAUGAACGAUUUUUCUGCUGAACUGUUUUAAACACCCACUUUGGCUUUAUGGGCCCUCAUCGAUCGAGGUGCAUCGUGUCAAACCUCGCUGAAGGUGCAAUAUUUUGUGUACUAUUUUUAAACGCAGAGACAGUAACUGCGAACUCCACCCUACAUGGGACUGAAAUUCAAUAUCCUGAAUUUGUUUUCACUCAUUUUGCAGAUGCUGUGGAUCUUAGUAAGUGGUAUAUUAUGCAGAGACCAUUUACUAUUAAACAAGCCCAACUUGGCCUAUUUAAAAAGGGGUUGAAUGAACAUACAGCAGAACCGUGUGUGUGUGUGUGUGUGUGUGUGUGUGUGUGUGUGUGUGUGUGUGUGUGUGUGUGUGUGUGUGUGUGUGUGUGUGUGUGUGUGUGUGUGUGUGUGUGUGUGUGUGUGUGUGUGUGUGUGUGUGUGUGAUGCUUGACAAAGGUUAAACAAAAUGUGAGCAAACGGCCGGACGUCUUUUCUGUUGAUGUUCCGUGAGGAAUUACAACAUGGCAACUUGGCAAGUCCCAGCAGGACAGGAUACAGCCUCGAGGCCAAGCAGACAGUUGUUGUGUUGUUGGUUAUUGCUGAAUCAUCAGCUUCUCUUCCCCAUACACACUAUUUGAUAUCUAGGUCAAGACAACUGACACAAGGUGGAUCGGUAGAGCAGUGGCACGUAGGUAAGAGUGUCCACAGGAGGGUCAACUUCACGGCCCAAGUCUGAAUGUGUCAUUGAGUCCACAACCUUGGGGCAGUUUUACUUUGUGUCAAGAAACCUUUGCAACAAUUUGCCCGUGAGAGGUGAAGAAAGAUAAUUGGUAAACUUGGAUUCAGAUUCAGAGGCGUACUUGGUUUAUCCCUGGGGAAAUGGUUAUAUUUAGCUUGUAUUCUUCUGCAUUUCGAAGGCCUCGAAGCAUAGACGUCUUCGUCUGAGAGGGAUGAUGUAUUUAAACAGACUGCUGAUUUGGUGGCGGAAUUUUGUGCCAGGUCCCACUAGGAAGCACCCCAUGUCCAGGACAGUCCAUGUCUAGGAUGGUCCAGGUCCAGGUCCACAUAGCCAGUAGUUUUCAAACAAGGUUCUGCAGGGUCUACUUAUGCUCUGCAAGAUCCCUGUGUUUUGAAGACUGAAAAUGGGAAUCCAUCUCUCUGUGUACUGAGUGAAGUGAUGGGGAAACAUUAAAUGUUCUCACUUUCUCACUGCAAUAUACUAUAGUCAGUUCAUCACAACGCAGAAGUAAGUGCAGCUUAAAAAGAUGGAUGGUUGUUAGCGGGGUUAAUUGAGGCCUGGCAGAUUCACUUAAGACACAGUGGUUUAGUUCUGCAGGACGGCCUCAACCUGCUGUUUUGUGUCAUGAAUUUGAGUGCAGUUUUAGUACUAUAAGCCUCUUUUAGUGAGUGUUGAGAGAAAGUAUUCUUCAGAGGAAGUGAAACGAUUAAAUGUCACAAGAGACUUGGAACUUUCAAAGUGAACUUGAUAGGCUUCUAUUUUUUUUAUUAUGUUUAACGGUUCUGCUUUUUUCAGGUCUGGGGCCCCAAACAAACCCCCCCACAUUCAAACCAUAACCGUCUACGGUUUUGCAUAAUUUAUUCAUAAUAUUUGUUGAUAACUCUUUGCUGCAGGCACAUUUUUUUUAAAAGUAGUUUUAAUGUAUUCUUCCAGUUCUUUGUAAUAGUUUCUACUAUAUACAGUGGGAAUAUCUGUAUUUCAAUUUGAUUGUGUAAUUGUGAGAAAAUAAAUUGGUGACGCUUCUCCUCAUUCGUUUUUCUAAAUAAUAUUUCAAGAGGUACUUAUCAUUAAAUGAGGUAGAAAAUAUAAUGUGAAAUGGAUUAUCCAAGAUUGAUCUAACCUAAAUAUAUCACAAAGUGGGAUACUUCAUUUGGGACUGCUGCAUAAUACAGGCCACUUUUAUAGUUGCUGUUGGUGUGGGCAAUAAUGAUUUUCUUUGAGCAUGGAAUAUGAAUGCCAAUAUUGUCCCAUGUGAAGUGGAUCACCGGACUGUGGUCAGUGACAAACCAAGCACGAUAGUAUCAGCCAUGUGAUUGUCUUACUGAAAUAGGGAACUUUUCCAUGCAACACACAACACGCCAGUUGUUGUGACACAACAAGACCACAGUGAUGCACAGGAAAAACAGGCUACCAAGACAGGGCUUGUGCUCUACGGUUCAAAUGUAAACAGGGGCCACAUUACUGUGAUGUAUGGUAAAUAACAACACAUUGUUCCUUCUAUUGCUGCCCUGAUUAAUACUGCCACCAACGCAGUCGGUCUAAAGUUCAGAGUUGUAUUGAGUCGUUCUUAAAAUGACGUUUCAUCGACCAGCUGUUUGCUGGCUACUCAUCAUGUCCUUAUACAUGUUGAACUUUACGGUGCCGUACCAGUCAUGCCGAUGAUGGGUAGUGGAGGUUUAUUGAAGUGGAAGUUUUAAAACAAUGCUUUCCAAAAGAUCCACGUUUUGCAUUUAUGUCUGCAUGUCAGUCUGUCUAUCUUUAUGGUCUGCUGGUGGGAACUAUGGACGUGGUGUUGGACUCCAGUGCUAGAGUGGCUCCGUACCGGAUCCUCUACCAGACCCCAGACUCUCUGGUCUACUGGAUUAUCGCUCAUGGGACUUCCCGUAAGGAGAUCACGGAACACUGGGAGUGGCUGGAACACAAUCUGCUGCAGACGCUCUCCAUCUUCGAGAACGAGAACGACAUCACCACCUUCGUCAAAGGAAAAGUGCAGGGUAUCAUAGCGGAGUACAACAAGAACCAGGAGUUUAAAGAAGAUGACGACACAGACAAGUUCAAGGAGGCCAUCGCUAAGUUCCGCAAGCUGUUCGGCAUGCCUGAGGAGGAGAAGCUGGUCAACUACUACUCCUGCAGCUACUGGAAGGGCAAGGUGCCGCGCCAGGGCUGGCUCUACCUGAGCAUCAACCACGUGUGCUUCUACUCCUACCUGCUGGGCAAAGAGGCUAAGCUGGUGGUGCGGUGGGCGGACAUCACCCAGCUGGAUAAGAGCGCCACCCUGCUGCUGCCCGAGGUCAUCAGGGUGAGCACGCGGGCGCGCCACCAUCUCUUCUCCGUCUUCCUCAACAUCAACGAGACCUUCCAGCUCGCCGAGCAGCUGGCCAACAUCGCCAUGCGGCAGUUGCUGGACAACAAGGGCUUUGAGCAGGACCGCUCGCUGCCCAAGCUCAAGAGGAAGUCCCCCCAGAAGGUGUCCGCCCUCAAGAGGGACUUGGAUGCCAGAGCCAAGAGCGAGCGCUACCGUGCAUUGUUUCGCCUGCCAAAGGAUGAGAAGCUGGACGGACACACGGACUGCACUCUCUGGACGCCCUUCAACAAGAGACACAUCCUGGGACAGAUGUUCGUCUCCACCAACUACAUCUGCUUCAACGGCAAGGAGGAGACUGUGUGCAGCCUCAUCAUUCCCCUUCGUGAGGUGACCAUUGUGGAGAAGGCGGACAGCUCCAACGUUCUGCCCAGCCCGCUGUCCAUCAGCACCAAGAACCGCAUGACCUUCCUGUUCGCCAACCUCAAGGACCGGGACUUCCUGGUCCAGAGGAUCUCGGACUUCCUGCAGCAGACCACGUCCAAGAUCUACCUGGAACGGGAGCCCACCGGAAGCCUGACCAGCUCCGACGACGAGGUGAGCUCCCAGCUGGGGUCUCUGCUGUCCUGCAGCCCCCCGCGCAGCAGCCUGGGCUCAGACGGCGAGCGGCAGUUCAACCUCAACGACAGCAGCGUGCCCACCGCCACGCAGGCCCUCAUGACCAUGUACCGCCGCCGCUCCCCCGAGGAGUUCAACCCCAAGCUGGCUAAGGAGUUCCUGAAGGAGCAGGCGUGGAAGAACCACCUGACGGAGUACGGCCAGGGCGUGUGCAUGUACCGCACGGAGAAGACCAAGGACCUGGUGCUGCAGGGCAUCCCGGAGAACAUGAGAGGGGAGCUCUGGCUCCUCUUCUCCGGGGCGAUCAACGAGAUGGUGACCCACCCAGGGUACUACGAGGACCUGGUGGAGAAGUCAAUGGGCCAGUACAACCUGGCCACGGAGGAGAUCGAGAGGGACUUGCAUCGAUCGCUGCCCGAACACCCAGCCUUCCAGAACGAGAUGGGCAUCGCUGCCCUGCGCAGAGUCCUCACCGCCUAUGCCUUCAGAAACCCCAACAUAGGAUACUGCCAGGCUAUGAACAUCGUGACAUCGGUGCUGCUGCUCUAUGCAAAAGAAGAGGAGGCCUUCUGGCUGCUAGUGGCUCUGUGUGAGAGGAUGCUGCCUGACUACUACAACACCAGGGUCGUGGGAGCGCUGGUGGACCAGGGGGUGUUUGAGGAGCUGGCCCGGGAGUACGUGCCCCAGCUGUACGACUGCAUGCAGGACCUGGGCGUCAUCUCCACCAUCUCCCUGUCCUGGUUCCUCACGCUCUUCCUGUCCGUCAUGCCCUUCGAGAGCGCCGUGGUGGUGGUGGACUGCUUCUUCUACGAGGGCAUCAAGGUCAUCUUCCAGCUCGCGCUGUCGGUGCUGCACGCCAACAUCCACCAGCUGCUGGGGUGCAAGGACGACGGCGAGGCCAUGACCGUGCUGGGCAGGUACUUGGACAGUGUGACCAACAAGGACAGCACCCUCCCACCCAUCCCCCACCUCCACUCCCUCCUCACAGACAAUGGGGAACCACACCCGGAGGUGGACAUCUUCAAGCUGGUCCGCAGCUCCUACGAGAAGUUUGGCUCUAUCCGUGCAGAUGUGAUUGAGCAGAUGCGUUUCAAACAGAGACUGAGAGUCAUCCAGACCAUUGAGGACACAACCAAGCGUAACGUGGUCCGUACUAUUGUGACGGAGACUCCCUUCGGUAUUGAUGAACUGGAGGAGCUUUUUGUGUUGUUCAAGACGGAGCACCUGACCAGCUGCUACUGGGGAGGGGGCACCAACCUGUCGGAGCGCCACGACCCCAGCCUGCCCUACCUGGAGCAGUACCGCAUCAACGUGGAGCAGUUCAGGGGCCUCUUCGUGCUGCUCUUCCCCUGGGCCAACGAGGCCCACUCUGACCCCCUGGCCGCACGAUUCUUCCGCCUGCUCGACCACAACGGAGACGCACUCAUUAACUUCCGCGAGUUCAUCAGCGGCCUGAGUGUUCUGUGCUAUGGGGACCUGACAGAUAAACUGAAGAUUCUGUAUAAGAUGCACGUUUUACCUGAUGUCAGCACUGACGAACCAGACUCUGCUUUUGAAGCCACCCAAUACUUCUUUGAAGACAUCACCCCAGAGACAUCAAUGGGUAACGACCGCAAGGGCAAGGAUGAUGGCUUUGUCAGAGUUACGUUCAAGACUGAAAAGGUGAAGAAACUGCAGACGUCAGAUUAUCGCCAUUAUCUGAAGAUAUGGAACCAGGAUUCCAAAUCCAAUCCAGAAUCCACAAAAAACCUACCCAAACUGAACCAGGGCCAGUUCAUUGAGCUGUGCAAGACGCUGUACAGCAUGUUUAGCGAGGACCUGGCGGAGCAGGAGCUGUACCACGCCACGGCCACCGUCACCAGCCUGCUGCUGGAGAUGGGCGAGGUGGGCAAGAUGUUCUGCUGCCCCGGACCCCGGAGCCAGGACCACGAGGACCGGGACCGGGACCGGGAGGGCUGUCCACCGCCAGACCGCCCCACAGCGGAUUGUUCCGCGUGCUCCCAGGAGCCCGUGGAGCCCGCGGAGCCUGGGGCUUUCCAACAGACACGCCUGAACGAGACUUUGUUCACCGCCGACGCCGAUUCGGACGAGAGCAAGACGAGCACGGAGAACAGGGACGGUGAAGAAGAAGAAGAAGAAGAAGAACAGACGGCGCCGCUGCAGGACGUGAGGCUGGAGGAGGACCAGUCGUCGCCCAAGGAGGCGGGCACGCUGUCGUCGGCGGCGGCCAUGUUGACGUCGGACGACGAGACGAAGGACGACACGUCCGUCUCCUCCUACUCGGUGCUCAGUGCCGGCUCCCACGAGCUGGACGACAACAAGCUGCAGUGCGAGGACAUAGCCGACGACACCGUGCUGGUGCGUAGCCACGGCAACCACCAGGACGAUGACGACGACGACGACGACUCCGGAGGGGACGGAGGAGGAGGAGGAGGAGGAGGAGGCGGCGGCAACGCGGAUCGGCGUGGCGACGACGGCGGGGAGCGUGGCGACAGAGGAAGCCUUCCCCACAGCACCAGCAUUGACAAGGACUGGGCCAUCACCUUCGAGCAGUUCCUGGCCUCGGUGCUCACGGAGCACGCGCUGGUCCAGUACUUUGAGAAGCCCGUGGACAUGCUGGCGAGGAUCACUAACGCCAAGAACAUGCGGAAAGUGGGGCGCACCUCACUGUCGUUCAGUGACUAUGAGAUCUCCCUCUCGGGCUGAUGCGGAACAAGAGAUAAAAAAAGACGACAAGGGUGACCGACCUGACACCUUCCCCCCCGCUCUGUCUCUCUCGCUCUCUUUGGGGAUAUUACGGUUCGGUCUUGUGCAGUGCAAGGACAAUGUGACCCUGGUUUGAUGGAAUCGGAAGUACAGAUUUACGAUACGAGAAUGAUUAUGUUACUGUUAGCGCUGUGUGGUAUCAGAUAUAGAAGACUUUAAACAUUCGGUGCGUCGGCAAAGACUGGGUUUAACUGGAAAUUAAUAUCCAACUGUAGUAGCUGUACUUUAUAAGAUAAUAGCAAAAACAUGAAUAUUGUUAUCUCUAGUCCACCUCCUCGGCCAUAUAGAUGUUAACGGGUUUGAUUCAGUCUAGUUCCACACUGCAAUAUAGAUAUACAUACUUAAUACGUCACUUAAUAUAAAGUCUGCUAUACUGUUGUUUUAUUGAUAUCACAGUUCUAUUUGCUGCUAAAAAACUUUAAUUUUGCUGGUUUACUCACUGGUUAACUAUAUAGAUGAAGUGCUGCUCUUGAAAUUUGCCUGGACUGCUGAACAUGAUGAUCUCUUUCAGGACAGCAUACUCUACCAUUAGUUUCAGGAAGUGCUGGAUACAAUGGCUAUUAUAUUGGCCUGAAAAUUCCUCAAUAAAUGUUGAGAUAUAGUUUUUAAUUUACAUUCUAUACAAAUCCACUUUUCUUUGCACAUAACUGGAAAGUGACGUCUAAAAGAGUUGUCUUAGGAUUUCUUGUACUAUAUUGCCAAUGUCCAUAUUGCAAUUUAAAUAUUCUUACAGUUUUUAUCACCUGAUUGAUGACAUCAAGAAUACCUAAGGCAAUAUUGUUACAAAAAACGAUAAUGUUAUACUCUUAUACUAAAGAUUAUUAGCACCCGCACUUUCUUUGAAAUCAGGAAAAAGAGGAAUAAGAUAUAUCUUCAACAAGUUCAUCUUCCGGCAAGUUUUAUGAUGAUCCAAAUGUUAUGUAAAUACCACAGAAUGGACGGACUGGUGUGUAUGAACUACUAAUAACCUUUAUCUGCAACCAUAGUUAUCAAGCUCUUGUCCGGUCGAUACACACAAACUGUACUUGAGUUUGUCUUAAAGGAUUUCCACUUUUCACUCUAUUGUGUUUGCUAUGCAGUGUUUUUUUUUAUUUUUGAAGGACUUUUAACUUUUUUUUCUCCUUUUACAUUUGACAUUUCUGUUUUUUUAUUGUAAUCUUUUUUUAUUAAGUCAUGUUGUAUUUUAAGUGUCCAAAUGCACAUAUUAUUUUUAUGAUUCUGAGGUAUUAUGUACUAUGUGUACUACGACUAAUUAAAAGUAUGCUAUGACAAUAUACUAAA